GGUCUUGGGGCUUGAAGGAUCCCAGCGGGUACAAAGAGCCUGCCACAUGAUCCAUCUCUGAGCAUGAAACUCUUCCUCCCAACUUUGACUUUUAUUUUCAUAGAGCUAAGCUUUAGACCAGGGAAAUUUUAAUUCUGGAACUACUUUACUAGCAUUUCAUAGCUUAGAAAAUUUUUUAAAAAAAUUGUUGUUUUACAGUGUUAGACACUUCUGAACCUUCAUUUUCAUCUGGAACUCCAGAGGGCGGAAUCCCCUGCUAAAUAAAUCGCAGCCAUGAGUUCGGACGCUGAGAUGGCUGUUUUUGGUGAAGCCGCUCCCUACCUUCGAAAAUCAGAAAAGGAGCGGAUUGCGGCCCAAAACAAGCCCUUUGACGCUAAAACAUCAGUCUUUGUCGUGGAGCCCAAGGAAGCCUACGUGAAGAGCGUCAUACAAAGCAAGGAUGGAGGAAAAGUAACUGUAAAGACGGAAAGUGGAGCAACUCUAACUGUCAGGGAAGACCAGGUCUUCCCCAUGAACCCUCCGAAAUACGACAAGAUCGAGGACAUGGCCAUGAUGACCCACCUGCAUGAGCCCGGAGUGCUGUACAACCUCAAAGAGCGCUAUGCAGCCUGGAUGAUCUAUACCUACUCAGGCCUCUUCUGUGUCACCGUCAACCCUUACAAGUGGCUGCCGGUGUAUAACCCCGAGGUGGUGGCUGCCUACCGAGGCAAAAAGCGCCAGGAGGCCCCGCCCCACAUCUUCUCCAUCUCUGACAACGCCUAUCAGUUCAUGCUGACUGAUCGCGAGAACCAGUCCAUCCUGAUCACCGGAGAAUCUGGUGCAGGGAAGACUGUGAACACCAAGCGUGUCAUCCAGUACUUUGCAACAAUUGCAGUUACUGGGGAGAAGAAGAAGGAAGAAGCUACUUCUGGCAAAAUGAAGGGGACACUGGAAGAUCAAAUCAUCAGUGCCAACCCCCUGCUGGAGGCCUUUGGUAAUGCCAAGACCGUGAGGAAUGACAACUCUUCUCGCUUUGGUAAAUUCAUUAGAAUCCACUUUGGUACUACAGGGAAGCUGGCUUCUGCUGAUAUUGAAACAUAUCUUCUAGAAAAGUCCAGAGUUACUUUCCAGCUAAAGGCAGAAAGAAGUUACCAUAUUUUUUAUCAGAUUACUUCCAAUAAGAAGCCAGAUCUGAUUGAAAUGCUCCUGAUCACCACGAACCCAUAUGACUAUGCCUUUGUCAGUCAAGGGGAGAUCACAGUCCCCAGCAUUGAUGACCAAGAAGAGCUGAUGGCCACUGAUAGUGCCAUUGACAUCCUGGGCUUUACUCCUGAAGAGAAAGUGUCCAUCUAUAAGCUCACAGGGGCAGUAAUGCACUAUGGGAACAUGAAAUUCAAGCAAAAGCAGCGUGAGGAGCAAGCUGAGCCAGACGGCACUGAAGUUGCUGACAAGGCAGCCUAUCUCCAGAAUCUGAACUCUGCUGACCUGCUCAAAGCCCUCUGCUACCCCAGGGUCAAGGUCGGCAAUGAGUAUGUCACCAAAGGCCAGACUGUACAGCAGGUGUACAACUCCGUGGGUGCUCUGGCCAAAGCCGUCUACGAGAAGAUGUUCCUGUGGAUGGUCACCCGCAUCAACCAGCAGCUGGACACCAAGCAGCCCAGGCAGUACUUCAUCGGGGUCUUGGACAUCGCUGGCUUUGAGAUCUUUGAUUAUAACAGCCUGGAACAGCUGUGCAUCAACUUCACCAACGAGAAACUGCAACAGUUUUUCAACCACCACAUGUUCGUGCUGGAGCAGGAGGAGUACAAGAAGGAAGGCAUCGAGUGGACGUUCAUUGACUUUGGGAUGGACCUGGCUGCCUGCAUUGAGCUCAUCGAGAAGCCACUAGGCAUCUUCUCCAUCCUGGAAGAGGAGUGCAUGUUCCCCAAGGCCACAGACGCCUCCUUCAAGAACAAGCUGUAUGACCAGCACCUGGGAAAGUCGGCCAACUUCCAGAAGCCCAAGGUUGUCAAAGGCAAGGCUGAGGCCCACUUUUCUCUGAUCCACUACGCGGGCACCGUGGACUACAACAUUGCCGGCUGGCUUGACAAGAACAAGGACCCCCUGAAUGAGACCGUGGUCGGGCUGUACCAGAAGUCUUCAAUGAAGACUCUGGCCAGCCUCUUUUCCACAUACGCUGGAACAGAAGCAGACACUGGUGCAAAGAAAGGUACUAAGAAGAAAGGCUCUUCUUUCCAGACUGUCUCAGCUCUUUUUAGGGAAAAUUUAAAUAAAUUGAUGACCAAUCUGAGGAGCACACACCCUCACUUCGUACGGUGUAUCAUUCCCAAUGAAACCAAAACUCCUGGGGCCAUGGAGCAUGAUCUUGUCCUGCACCAGCUGAGGUGCAAUGGUGUGCUGGAAGGCAUCAGAAUCUGCAGGAAGGGAUUCCCAAGCAGAAUCUUAUAUGGGGACUUUAAACAAAGAUACAAAGUCUUAAAUGCAAGUGCUAUUCCAGACGGACAGUUCAUUGACAGCAAGAAGGCUUCUGAGAAACUUCUAGGGUCCAUUGACAUUGAUCACACCCAAUAUAAAUUUGGACAUACAAAGGUUUUCUUCAAAGCUGGCCUCCUGGGUCUUCUGGAAGAAAUGAGAGAUGACAAAUUGGCCCAGAUUAUAACAAGAACUCAAGCUGUCUGUAGGGGAUUCCUAAUGAGGGUAGAAUAUCAGAAGAUGUUACAAAGGAGAGAAGCCCUUUUCUGCAUCCAGUACAACGUCCGCGCCUUCAUGAACGUCAAGCACUGGCCCUGGAUGAAGCUCUUCUUCAAGAUCAAGCCCCUCCUCAAGAGUGCGGAGACCGAGAAGGAGAUGGCCACCAUGAAGGAGGAGUUCCAGAAGAUCAAGGAUGAACUGGCCAAGUCGGAGGCAAAGAGGAAGGAGCUGGAGGAAAAGAUGGUCACUCUCUUAAAAGAGAAGAAUGACCUGCAACUCCAGGUUCAAUCUGAAGCAGACAGCUUAGCUGAUGCAGAGGAAAGGUGUGAGCAACUGAUUAAAAACAAAAUCCAGCUGGAGGCCAAAAUCAAAGAGGUGACCGAGAGAGCCGAGGAUGAGGAAGAGAUCAAUGCUGAGCUGACGGCCAAGAAGAGGAAACUGGAGGACGAAUGUUCUGAACUGAAGAAAGACAUCGAUGACCUUGAGCUGACACUGGCCAAGGUUGAAAAGGAGAAGCAUGCCACAGAGAACAAGGUGAAAAACCUCACAGAAGAGAUGGCAGGACUGGAUGAAACCAUAGCUAAGCUGACCAAGGAGAAGAAGGCCCUCCAAGAAGCCCACCAGCAGACGCUGGAUGACCUGCAGGCAGAGGAGGACAAAGUCAACACCCUGACCAAAGCUAAAACCAAGCUAGAGCAGCAAGUGGAUGAUCUUGAAGGGUCUCUGGAGCAAGAAAAGAAACUUCGAAUGGAUCUAGAAAGAGCAAAGAGGAAACUGGAGGGUGAUCUAAAAUUGGCCCAAGAAUCCACAAUGGAUACAGAAAAUGACAAACAGCAACUUGAUGAAAAGCUUAAAAAGAAAGAAUUUGAAAUCAGCAAUCUGCUAAGCAAAAUUGAAGAUGAGCAAGCAGUAGAAAUUCAACUCCAGAAAAAGAUCAAAGAGUUGCAGGCCCGCACUGAGGAGCUGGAGGAGGAAAUCGAGGCAGAGCGGGCCUCUAGGGCCAAAGCAGAGAAGCAGCGCUCCGACCUCUCCCGGGAACUGGAGGAGAUCAGCGAGCGGCUGGAGGAAGCUGGUGGGGCAACCUCAGCCCAGGUUGAGAUGAACAAGAAGCGGGAGGCUGAGUUCCAGAAAAUGCGCAGGGACCUGGAGGAGGCCACCCUGCAGCACGAAGCCACAGCAGCCACCCUGAGGAAGAAGCACGCGGACAGUGUGGCUGAACUUGGGGAGCAGAUAGACAACCUGCAGAGGGUCAAGCAGAAGCUGGAGAAGGAGAAGAGUGAGCUGAAGAUGGAGAUCGAUGACCUUAGCAGUAACUCAGAGGCCAUUUCCAAAGCCAAGGGAAACCUUGAAAAGAUGUGCCGCACACUGGAAGAUCAACUGAGUGAACUGAAGACUAAGGAGGAAGAGCAGCAGCGGCUGAUCAAUGACCUGACGGCUCAGAGAGCGCGCCUGCAGACGGAAUCAGGUGAAUAUUCUCGACAAUUAGAUGAGAAAGAUGCUUUAGUCUCUCAGCUUUCAAGGAGCAAACAAGCAUCUAGUCAGCAGAUUGAAGACAUGAAACGUCAGCUAGAAGAAGAAACUAAAGCCAAGAACGCCCUGGCCCACGCCCUGCAGUCCUCCCGCCACGACUGUGACCUGCUGCGGGAACAGUAUGAGGAGGAGCAGGAAGGCAAAGCUGAGCUGCAGAGGGCGCUGUCCAAGGCCAACAGCGAGGUUGCCCAGUGGAGGACCAAGUACGAGACAGAUGCCAUCCAGCGCACAGAGGAGCUGGAGGAGGCUAAGAAGAAGCUGGCCCAGCGUCUGCAGGAAGCUGAGGAACACGUAGAAGCCGUGAACGCCAAGUGUGCCUCCCUUGAGAAGACGAAGCAGCGGCUCCAGAAUGAAGUGGAGGACCUCAUGCUUGAUGUGGAGAGAUCUAAUGCUGCCUGCGCAGCCCUGGACAAGAAGCAGAGGAACUUUGACAAGAUCUUAUCAGAAUGGAAACAGAAGCAGGAGGAAACUCAGGCUGAAUUUGAGGCCUCCCAGAAGGAGUCCCGUUCUCUCAGCACUGAGCUGUUCAAGAUCAAGAAUGCCUACGAGGAAUCCCUGGAUCAACUUGAAACACUAAAGAGAGAGAAUAAGAACUUGCAGCAGGAGAUUUCUGACCUCACUGAGCAGAUUGCUGAGGGUGGGAAGCAAAUCCAUGAAUUGGAGAAAAUAAAGAAGCAAGUGGAACAAGAGAAAUGUGACAUUCAGGCUGCCUUAGAGGAAGCAGAGGCAUCUCUUGAACAUGAAGAGGGAAAGAUCCUACGCAUCCAGCUAGAGUUGAACCAAGUCAAGUCUGAAAUUGACAGGAAAAUUGCUGAAAAGGAUGAGGAAAUUGACCAGCUCAAGAGAAACCACGUUAGAGUAGUGGAGUCGAUGCAAAGCAUGCUAGAUGCUGAGAUUAGGAGCAGGAAUGAUGCUCUGAGAGUCAAAAAGAAGAUGGAGGGAGAUCUCAAUGAGAUGGAAAUCCAGCUGAACCAUGCCAACCGUUUGGCUGCAGAGAGCUUGAGGAACUACAGGAACACCCAAGGGAUCCUGAAGGACACCCAGCUACACCUGGAUGAUGCUCUCCGGGGCCAGGAGGACCUGAAGGAGCAGCUGGCCAUGGUUGAGCGCAGAGCCAACCUGCUGCAGGCUGAGGUGGAGGAGCUGCGGGCAUCUCUGGAGCAGACGGAGAGGGGCAGGAAAAUCGCAGAACAGGAGCUGCUGGAUGCCAGUGAGCGUGUCCAGCUCCUGCACACCCAGAACACCAGCCUGAUCAACACCAAGAAGAAAUUAGAAAGUGAUGUUUCACAACUCCAGAGUGAAGUGGAAGAAGUCAUUCAGGAAUCACGCAAUGCAGAAGAGAAGGCCAAGAAGGCCAUCACUGAUGCGGCCAUGAUGGCCGAGGAGCUGAAGAAGGAGCAGGACACCAGCGCCCACCUGGAGCGGAUGAAGAAGAACCUGGAGCAGACGGUGAAGGACCUGCAGCACCGUCUGGAUGAGGCUGAGCAGCUGGCCCUGAAGGGCGGGAAGAAGCAGAUCCAGAAACUGGAGGCCAGAGUACGUGAGCUUGAAGGAGAAGUUGAAAAUGAACAGAAACGCAAUGCUGAGGCUGUUAAAGGUUUGCGGAAACAUGAGAGAAGAGUAAAGGAACUUUCCUACCAGACUGAGGAGGACCGCAAGAAUGUUCUCAGGCUGCAGGACUUGGUAGACAAAUUACAGGCGAAGGUGAAAUCCUAUAAGAGACAAGCUGAGGAGGCUGAGGAACAAUCCAACGCUAAUCUUGCUAAAUUCCGCAAGCUCCAGCAUGAGCUGGAGGAGGCUGAGGAGCGGGCUGACAUCGCCGAGUCCCAGGUCAACAAGCUGCGGGUGAAGAGCCGCGAGGUUCACACAAGAGUCAUAAGUGAAGAGUGAUCCCUGAUGCUAUGGAAUGACUGAAAAGAGGCACAAAAUGUGCUAUUUUUGGUCACUUAUUUUAUGAUGUUUAUUUUCCCCUUAAUGUUGAGUAAAUAAAAAUUACAGUAAACUUAUAAAUUAAA